AUGGUUGCCAAGGCUCUCUCCGUCGCCCUUCUCGCUGGUGCCGCUUCGGCCACUUGCCCUCUCUCUAUUGAGAUCAGCAACGCCGAGAACCACACCGUCAACGUCGCCGUUACCAACACCGGCAGCGAGGCCGUCUCCGUCUUCAAGGGCAACACCGUCUUCAGCGACCAUGCCACCCAGGAUCUCCUAGUGACCGAUGCCGGUAUGUAG